GUUCCGUGGACAUUAAUGUGCAUCUGUGGCCUGGUGUGUGUCUCGCUUCCAAAUGUGUUCGUCACCUACGCCAGGCUUACAACAAAACCUCUUCAGUAGUAUGUAGCAAUGUACCACGAAUGUCUGGCCAACCCGACGUCAGUCAGAAGCUUCAUGUAACGUACCAAUCGACAGCCACCGCAACCACAACCACCACCACACAAACGCGGAGAUCAGCGGACAGAUCAUGAUGCUGCUCAAUGAGAUGUACCAACAAACGCACCACCACCCACCCCUCUAUAGACAACAGAGAAGGACGAUAGCAGCGGGCGGCAUGUGUAUGUGUGUGAGAGCAAGAGAAAGGACACGCACCAUCCCACUGCACGUCUUUCUUCUCUGGCGGACUACACAAGUAGAGUCACAGUCAGUCUGUAUACACCGGGCGACCCAUCCCCCGCCUGUCUGUCUCUCUGUCUGGCUACUGGUACUUGUACUCGGCUUUGUUGUGCAUUAUCAGCCGGUCCUCCACGAAAUAGAAACUGCAUACCCACACACAUGGAUGCACCAAGUACACGUGUGUGAGUGUGCCGACCGUCAUUUCUCGCCGUCUCUCAUGUGCUCCAUCUGCUGUGCUGUGCAGCCACCUCCCCUCCCUCCCUCCCUCCCUCCCUCCCUCCCUCGGCACGCACCUGUCGCUUUUGGUCUCGUAUGGGUGUGCGAUGAUGUCGUUCCUGAGGGCCUCCGACAGCUCCGGCAGCUCAUACAUGGCCUGUGGUGGGCGGCACACAUAAUGGUGCAUGACCGUCCCUUGCUGUGCUGUGCUGACUGACCUACCUCCCACUCGUUGACGGUGUGCGGGAUGCAGAAAGGCAGCGUGAAGUCGAACGACUUGAGCAGAGUGUUGCGAAAAUAGUGACGCUCCAUCAACUGGAAAUUAGUGAUCGCCUCGCUCCCCACAGUGAAAUGCAGACUGAUGAUUCAAUGAAUGCACACACACACACACACACACACACACACACAAACAGAGAGAGAGAGAGAGAGGGGAAAGAAGCAGAAGCUCGUGUGCGUGUGCGCGUGGGUGGGUGCGGCCGUGUCUGUCUGUCUGCUGCUGUUUACUGCCGUACUUACGUGGUGCCGAUGUUCCGUUUGCCGAGGAAGUCUGCAGGGAACUUGUAUCGGAUGCUGCGGACGGGCUCAGUCGAAGCGUCGGCCUCCGUGGACGUGCUGCCCGACUCCUCAGCAGGCGGCUGCAUGUCACAGGCAGACAUGAGUGCGAUGGCCAGUCGCUCGUCCCAUUGCAGACGUGUGCGUGCGUACCUUUGCGAUGGAGAAUAUCUCUUGGUUCGUGUCGCAGUCCCGAACCUUGAAGGCGACGAACUCUAUGUUGUACACAUUGGCAGUGACCGGACAGAGGAAGUCUGCACGAACCGGACACAUAGCAGCAGCCACAAACACGAUUGCACUGCACAAGACAUUGCAUUGAAUGCAUUGCCUUUUGUGUAUUUCCGACCUUGUGUCGGGCCAUUGAGUGCACACACGUACGCUGGCGUGAUCUGCACGACAGCGAACCGACAACAGACAAAGAGCGAGGAUGACCGCCCGCCUUUGGCGCUUGUGGCCAUCCAUCGUGAUGCUUGCCUGCCUAUACAUACCUGCGUGUGGUCCGGGUGUAUCUGUGACGGCUCCCUUGCCCCGACACUGACGCCACCGACGCUCACAUGGCCAAUCGACGACUCAGAGGGCACCGCAUCGCUCUCGUCCUCAGCUGCUGCUGGCGUGUGCGUCGUGCCAGACAUCCUCUCCGCUUUUUCCCUCCCCUCCCGCACCUCAG